GGUACAAUACCUAGGUACACUAGUUUGGAGGGGAAGGGGGGGUUAAAACCGCCACCCGGACCCGCAGCAUCCAAUGCCAGGGAGCCGAUUUCGCAUUAACAAAAAUUCGCCGAUUUCAAAGCAACUUACCUACAACUUCUGGCAUGCGACAAAUCUCCAAUUACUUUAGGUUAGGUACUUACUUUUUGUUAUUUAUUAUUCGUUCAUACAACGAGUUUUAGAAUUGAGAGAGAGAAUAAAUCAAGUAGAUUCUUAACUACGACGACGACUUAACAUCCCCAUCGUCAUCCUUUUGAUCGAUCAUCCAUCCAUCCAUCCAUCCAUCUAUUCAUUCCAUCGAUUCGACUCGUCCCGUCUCCCCCCGCGCCGGGUUGUCUUCCAGUCGCGCCGCUUCGUAUCAAAAGUUACAUCUCCCCGACCCAAAGUUCGAGAAAUAGGCAAUUUAACCUCUUAUUAAAUAAACCCAACCGCCGGAGCCAUAUAAAUAAACCAGGGGACUUGUCCCCCCCAAACCAAACUUCUCAACGCCUCUCACUCCUUUUCCUCCAAUAAUACCCGCCCACAAUGUCGGCGAUCCUCUCGGCAGACGACCUAAACGACUUCAUAUCCCCCGGCGUAGCCUGCAUCAAACCCGUCGAGACCCUCCCCGCGGCCCCCGCCCCUACCUCCAGCGACCUCGAGCACGAAGUCAUUCUCGACGGCCAGCACCCGCAGAAUGCCGGCGCUGGCGCCGCGGGGCCCGCGCAGAUCUCGCUGACCGACUGCUUAGCCUGCUCCGGGUGCGUGACCUCGGCCGAGGCCGUGCUCGUCAGCCUGCAGAGCCACUCGGAGCUGCUUAGCGUUUUAGACGGCGCGCCGAGCCUGCGCAUAACGCGGCGCGGGGAUGGAGGCUUCGGGGUCGAAGGCCUCGAGAACCCGGACAGCAAGAUAUUUGUGGCGAGCGUGUCGCCGCAGACGCGCGCCAGCCUGGCGGCGGUCGCGGGGCGGGAUGUGAGCGAGCGGGACGCCGGGCGCAUGAUAUCGCAGCUGCUGAUCGGGUCGGAAGGGUUGCGCGCGGGCGGCAAGUGGAAUAACGGGUUCGAAUGGGUCGUCGACACGAACACGGCGCGGGAGGCGUGUUUAGUACUAGGUGCGGAGGAGGCGCUAAGCGACAAGGGCACAGUCUCGAAGCCCAUUUUGACGUCGAGUUGUCCCGGGUGGGUAUGUUAUGCCGAGAAGACGCAUCCGCACGUCCUGCCAUACAUCUCAAGGGUGAAGUCGCCGCAGGCGCUCAUGGGCACGCUGCUAAAAACCACGUUAAGCCGGACGUUGGGGAUCUCUCCCGAUCGGAUAUGGCACCUGGCUGUAAUGCCGUGCUUCGACAAGAAGCUGGAGGCGAGCCGCGAGGAGCUUACCGACGCUGUGUGGAAUGAAAACGGGCAGCCUGGUAGGGGCGUGAGGGAUGUGGAUUGUGUCAUCACGAGCAAAGAGAUUCUGAUGUUGACAGAGUCGAGGAACAUUGAUUUCUUCGGAUUACCCAAGGCCCCUAUUUCGACCACACUUCAAACCCCCUUUCCUGAUCCCACGAUAAGACGCUUCCUCUUUCCUCCGCGGUCGCGGACAGGUCAAGGGAGCCCGCUGGCGGGGACUUCGGGGGGCAAUUUAUAUUAUACACUGAAAUACGUCUCCGCGCGGUAUCCGGGAUCGAAAAUCGAGACGGUACGUGGCCGGAAUGCCGAUGUUGUGGAGUAUACGGUGACCUCGGCGGCCGGCGAGCCGAUAUUCAAGGCUGCGAGAUAUUACGGCUUCCGGAAUAUUCAAAAUUUAGUGCGGAGGCUGAAGCCGCCGAAACUGUCGCGGAUGCCGGGCGCAAAAGUCACCGGGUCUCGGAGACCAGCGGGCAAGCAGGCGGGACUGGAAUAUGCCUAUGUUGAGGUCAUGGCAUGUCCCGGAGGUUGCACCAACGGUGGCGGGCAGAUCAAAGUCGACGAUCCGAUCGUAAUCGAGAGGAGAGGCCUGGAAGCGAAGCCUGGGCCUCAGGAGCAGAAGCAGUGGUUGGCACAAGUGGACGAGGCAUACUUUUCGGCUGAAGACCCCGACUCGGAUCUGGAGGCUGAGAACGUGAACACGGGCAUAGAAAACGGGGGAGGUCGGGCGCCAAGUGAUACGGUCGACGGCAUUUCCCCGUCAUAUAUUCGGGAUACCCUGGCGCAUUGGGCGGGCACGACGGGCAUAGGCGUCGAUAGGUUGGUAUAUACGAGCUAUCGCGAGGUGGUAAGCGAGGUGGGCAAGGACAAGGCGGCGAGCAGCACGGAGAGAGUCGUCCAAUUAGCGGGCAAGAUCGGCGGCGGCUGGUAGCUUAGGUACCUAGGUAGCUAUCAUCAUUUUUGUAGUACCUAGACGCAGCGUAUAAGUAGUAGUAUUAAAUCCUACAUCAAAUCAGCUGCCUUUGGCGCCACGCUUCGCAAACCCGAAUCCUCCCCUUCCGCUCCCGUCCGGUCCCCGCGGCGCACGUAUGACUUGUUCUUCGUCCCGCGGCGUCGAACGCCGGUAUAGCGGUGCUCCGCCGUCGCUGUUGUUGUUGUUGUUGUUGCU